AUGGCCAAAGAAUCUACCAAAGUAUCCAAGCGCAACGCCAAGGUUGCUGACGAAGGCAAGAAGCGUCGCACUAAGAAGGAUCCUUCCGCCCCCAAGCGUGGUUUGUCUGCCUACAUGUUCUUCUCCCAGGACCAGAGACAGCAGGUCAAGGAAGAGAACCCAGAGGCUACCUUUGGCUCUAUCGGAAAGCUCCUUGGUGAGAAGUGGAAGAGCAUGACCGAUGAUGACAAGAAGCCCUAUAUUGCAAAGGCCGAGGCCGACAAGAAGCGUUAUGAGAGCGAGAAGGCUGCCGCUGCCGACAAGCAGAGCGAUGAAGAGUAA